AUGUCGUCUAUUAUCGAGUUAAGUAUACCAAGUGUUGAACGUCCGUUCGGAUUACACUUAUGGCCAAUUUUUAGCUAUGUUUUCGAGCUGAUCAUCGGUUAUCCAGCCGAGGACUUUGAAUUCGUUUACCAUAAAACAUUCUUAGCCAAUGGAUUCCAUGCCAUUGGAAUCAUUAUUGUCUACUAUAUUGUUAUAUUCGGUGGUAGAGCGUUAUCUUCGAAGUUGAAGUUACCAGCAUUGAAGUUGAACUUUUUGUUCCAGUUGCACAAUAUUGUGUUAACUUUAUUAUCAUUAUCAUUAUUAUUGUUGACCAUUGAGCAAUUAAUUCCAAUCUUAUACCACCAUGGUAUUUUCUAUGCUAUUUGUCAUAAGAAUGCGUUUGCUCCAAAGUUAGUUACCUUAUACUACUUAAACUACUUGACCAAGUACUUAGAAUUGAUCGACACCGUUUUCUUGGUGUUGAAAAAGAAGAAGCUUUUGUUCUUGCACACUUACCACCACGGUGCUACUGCUCUUUUGUGUUACACCCAAUUAACAGGUUCCACUUCAGUCGAAUGGGUUCCUAUCACCUUGAACUUGGCUGUUCACGUCGUCAUGUACUGGUACUAUUUCUUGAGUGCCAGAGGUAUUAGAGUGUGGUGGAAAGAAUGGGUUACCAGAUUCCAAAUUAUCCAAUUCCUUAUUGAUUUAGUCUUUGUCUACUUUGCUACUUAUACUCACUAUGCUUACAGAUAUUUCCCAUCGUUGCCUCACAUUGGUGACUGUUACGGUUCUGAAUUGGCUGCUGCUUACGGAUACUUAAUCUUAACCAGUUACUUAGUCUUGUUCAUUUCGUUUUACAUCAAGGUGUACAGCACCCGUAAGACCGUUGCUGCUACCUCAACAGGCGAAGGCGCACCUACCAAGUCAUCUGCUAAGUCGUCUACCGUCGAACCAAACGUCACCAAGGCCAGAUCUCGUAAAGCUUGA